GACAGUGUCGUGCAUUUUGAGCGCAUUUUGCAGGCGUUGUGUGAGUGCGAGCUCUCGAUGUCAAAGUCGGCCCAAACUCUUCGUAUGGCAGCCAAAGAGAUGGCAAACUAUGAGCGACUGUACGAACAGACGGGCGAAUCCAUUGUCGAUUGUCGUCAAAGACUGGCCAAAGCGAGGGAUGAGUUACGGACGGCGAAGAGGGUUCGCGAAUACAGACACGAAUACGAAUCGAUGGCAACACUUAUUAACAGACAUUGCGAUCGCUCGGAGACGACGAAGAAGUUGCGAGAAUUGCGGAAAGAGAUCCAACGGAUCCACAGUAUUAGAGAUGAUCUGAACAAGAGGUUGGAUUCACGGCGACAACAGUUUCAAGUGAUGUUAGGCGCCUCCCGUCAGCUCAACCUAUUCCUCAGCGAAGACAACGACCACUCGAUGGAUGAACAAGAAGUAGAUGUAGAAAGCGAUUUGAUUGAUGACAUCAGUGAUGUCGAUAUGGAUGUAUAGUUUGGUGCGCAAACUACCGGCAAUCCAUUGAUAAUUACAAUUAAUGCCAAACAAUAAUGCAAUUUUGUAUAACAAAUAUAAUUAUUAGAUUUCAUUAUUA